AUGGCUUUGAGCUCUCGGGCGCACGCUUUCUCCGUGGAAGCCUUGGUGGGGAGACCCAGAAAAAGAAAACUACAAUACCCAAGAGAGGAGGCGCAGGCUGAGCUGCAGGAAAGACAGGGCGGAGAGGAAGAGGGGGAGAGAAGGAACCGCGCUGCAGGGAAGAGCAAGCAGCCGGAAAAGCGACCCGGAACAGAACCCUCGACAACUGCUUUCUCCGAUUGUGGUGGUGGCGACAGCAAUGACAACAGCCGCGAAAGUCUGGGAGAGAAAGAUGUUAUUCAAGUGGAACUUCAAGGAGCGGAGCUGUGGAAAAGAUUCCAUGACAUAGGGACUGAGAUGAUCAUUACCAAGGCGGGCAGGCGUAUGUUUCCCUCUGUUCGGGUCAAGGUGAAAGGGCUGGAUCCAGAGAAGCAGUACUCUGUGGCCAUUGAUGUAGUACCAGUGGAUUCCAAACGCUAUAGGUACGUGUAUCACAGCUCGCAGUGGAUGGUAGCCGGAAAUACGGACCACUCGUGCAUGAAUCCCAGAUUCUAUGUCCACCCGGACUCGCCCUGCUCAGGAGAGACCUGGAUGCGGCAGAUCAUCAGCUUUGAUCGCGUGAAACUGACUAAUAACGAGAUGAACGACAAAGGUCACAUAAUUCUGCAGUCCAUGCAUAAGUACAAACCCCGCGUGCAUGUGAUGGAGCAAGUCAUCAGGGCUGACUUGUCCGAGAUUCAGAAUCUGCCCACUGAAGGGGUUAAAACGUUCUCCUUUAAAGAAACUGAGUUUACCACAGUAACAGCUUACCAAAACCAACAGAUUACCAAACUGAAAAUAGACAGAAAUCCUUUUGCUAAAGGAUUUCGAGAUCCUGGAAGAAACAGGGGUGUAUUGGAUGGGCUUUUAGAGACCUACACUUGGAGGCCUUCUCUCACUCUGGAUUUUAAAACCUUUGGUGCAGACACACAAAGUGUAAGCAGUGGCUCAUCUCCAGUGACCUCUAGUGGAAGGGCUCCCUCUCCUUUGAACUCCUUACUUUCUCCACCUUGCUCUCCACCUACGUUUCACUUACCUACAAGUUCCCUUGGAAUGCCCUGUUCAGAGGCAUACCUGCACAAUAUCAACUUGCCCCUUUACUACAAGAUUUGUCCAACUAAUUUUUGGCGACAGCAACCUCUUAUCUUACCUGCUUCUGAAAGGUUAGCAAGCAAUAACAGCUCUCAGUCUUUUGCCCCUUUCGUGAUGGAAGUGCCCAUGUUAUCUUCCCCAGGGGUCACUAAUUCAAAAAGUGGUUCAUCUGAGGACUUCAAUGAGCAAUGUCUACAAGAAGCUAAUUCUGCUAGUCAAAUAUUAUGUGGAUUACAGCCACCUGGAAACAUUUUCCCACCAAGCCCUACUGCCCAAGAAGCACUUGGUUGCUGUUUCCAUCCUUCCUAUGGCUUUUAUAGGUACAACUUCUCUAUGCCAUCUAGACUGGUAAAUGCUUCCAACCAUGUCAAAGUGAAUGACAAAAUUCAAGUUUCUUUUAAAGAAGGUAAAUGUAAUCAUACUCAUUGGUAUCCAACAAUUGACCAUUACCUUUAA